AUGUACUGGCGCAAAAAUCUUUGUACUGGUUUAUCAAGCUUUUCCAUUGUGAUGGGUAUACUUUUGGUAGGCAUGGUCAAGACCCAUGGGUCUUCGGCGUCGGCUUCAAGGCCUAGAGCUACUAGGCAGGAGAAAGGGAAGGCAAAGGUUAUUGAGGGUGGCAAUGAGGUGGAGCCUGAGGCAAGGAAGUGGCGUAGAGUGAUAUAUGAGUCUACCAUUGCUACAAGGGGAACUACACGUGAGAGAAUGGUUGACAGAAACAGUUUAGGUAAGAGUGUUCUGAUGUGGCAGAUCAUGGGGCAUGGAUUGGAUUUCUUCUUCAAGUCAAUGACAGGGUACAUUGCAGUGAGUUUUAUAGUGGCAUGA